ACUAAGCCUAAGCCAGGAAGCAGAAGCAGUGCUCUUAUAUGUUCCAACCGUUGUUACAUACAUAAUAUAUAUCUCCUUAACUCACCAAUAUAUCCAGAACUACAGCUUGAACUAAUAGCUAGUCAUGUGUAAUUACCCAAAGCCACCCUCAGCAUCCCCAUUUCUGUGUCCCACAAAAACCCACCUCCUAACUCCCGACCCCAAAGUCUUGGAUCCUCCUUCUGAUGAUCAAGUUCGAGAUGAACUUCAUAGAUGGCCAACUCCUAAAGAGGUCUUAGAAGAAAUGAAGGCCAUAGGGAAGAUAUCAGGCCCAACAGCCAUCACUGGUUUACUCUUAUAUUCUCGAGCUAUGAUCUCUAUGCUUUUCCUUGGCUAUCUCGGUGAGAUGGAGCUAGCAGGUGGCUCACUCUCCAUCGGUUUUGCCAACAUCACUGGCUACUCUGUGAUCUCUGGAUUAGCCAUGGGAAUGGAACCCAUUUGUGGACAAGCCUACGGAGCAAAACAAUGGAAGAUACUUGGCUUGACCCUCCAAAGAACUGUUCUCUUACUUCUCUCCACGUCCAUCCCCAUCUCAUUUACAUGGCUUAACAUGAAGAGAAUCCUCUUGUGGUGUGGUCAAGACGAAGAAAUAUCAUCAACGGCACAAACAUUCAUUCUCUUUUCCAUACCAGACCUUUUCUUCCUUUCACUUCUCCACCCUCUUCGUAUUUACCUAAGGACUCAAAGCAUCACAUUACCAUUAACAUAUUGCUCAGCCAUCUCUGUCCUCCUCCAUGUCCCUCUCAAUUUCCUUCUAGUUGUCCAUUUCAAGAUGGGUAUUGCUGGUGUAGCUAUGGCAAUGGUUUUGACUAAUCUCAACCUCUUUCUCUUCCUUUCCUCCUUUGUUUACUUCUGGAGGGUAUAUAAGGACUCGUGGGUUUCACCAAGCAUGGAUUGCCUCAGGGGAUGGUCAUCUUUGCUUGCACUUGCUAUUCCAACUUGCGUUUCUGUUUGCCUAGAGUGGUGGUGGUACGAACUCAUGAUAAUACUAUGUGGACUUUUGGUCAAUCCUAAAGCCACCAUUGCUUCAAUGGGAAUCCUUAUCCAAACAACAUCUUUAGUCUAUGUGUUCCCGUCAUCUCUUAGCCUUGGUGUUUCCACAAGAGUGGGGAAUGAGUUAGGUGCAAACCGUCCUGCAAAAGCGCGCAUUUCCAUGAUAGUGUCACUCUUUUGUGCUGUGGCUUUAGGCAUUGCAGCAACACUUUUUACCACAUUAAUGAGGCACCAAUGGGGCAGGUUCUUCACCAACGACCAAGAAAUCCUCAAGCUUACGGCCAUAGCAUUACCAAUUGUUGGGCUGUGUGAGCUAGGAAACUGCCCCCAGACCACAGGUUGUGGAGUCCUCAGAGGCAGUGCAAGACCCACCGUUGGAGCAAACAUCAAUUUGGGCUCUUUUUACUUUGUGGGUAUGCCUGUGGCAAUUCUUAUUGGGUUUGUUGCCAAAAUGGGAUUUCCUGGUCUCUGGCUUGGGUUGCUUGCAGCCCAAGCCUCUUGUGCAGCUCUCAUGUUAUUUGUUCUCUCCACAACUGACUGGAAUGCACAAGUACAAAGGGCAAAGGAGCUCACAAAAACAGAGUUUUACAACAACAACAACAAUCAUCAUGCUCAUGCUCAUGCUCAUGCUCAAGAGAUAGUAAUCACAGAUGAUGAACUUACCAAGACAGCAUCACUUGAAACAGACCCAUUCAUCAUACCCACUACCAAACUCACUAUAAAUUAA